AUGGAAAUGAAUAGAGUACGCGUUUCCACCAAGAAUGCUCCGGCAGUACCGUCGAACCUGAUGAACCAGGCCAUCAUCGCCAAUGACUUUGUCUUCACUUCGGGCGGAGUCGCGAUGGAUCCCAAGACUGGAAAGAUUAUUGACGGCGAUAUUGAGGCCCACACUCGCCAAAUCAUCCGCAACCUUGAUGCCAUCCUCGAUGAGGCUGGCUCAAGUCUGAACGACGUGGUGGAAGUCAACAUUUAUCUAUCCGACAUGAAGUACUACGCCAAGAUGAACGAGGUUUAUGCUGAGUACUGGGGUGACUUGAAGCCCGCUCGGACAUGUGUCGCUAUCAAGAGUUUGCCAAUGAACGCCAACAUCGAGAUCAAGUGCGUUGGGGUUGUCACCAGAAUAAAGUCAAAGUUGUAA